UGUUCUGGGACUGGCAGUGGUUGCUCAAUCCUGGGACACUUUCCUCCUCUGGCUGCUCUGCCAUGGCCAGGGGACAGCUGUGCAUGGGUGUGUUUCUCUUUGCCUCUUCCAGCACGGCGUUGAGGAGACGGCAGCAGARUGCCAGAAGCUGGGAGCCACUGUUCAAACCUUUGUGGUGGACUGCAGCAAACGRGAGGAGAUCUACAGCACUGCAGACAAGGUGAAAAAGGAUAUUGGGGAYGUGACCAUCCUGGUGAACAAUGCUGGUGUGAUUACAGCUGCUGACUUUCUCUCGACUCAGGACCAGCAGAUAGAAAGGAUGUUUGAAGUCAACAUUCUUGGUCACAUGUGGACCACAAGAGCUUUUCUGCCAGUCAUGAUGAACAACAACUAUGGACACAUUGUCACAGUGGCUUCAGCAGCUGGUCAUUUUGUGACUCCUUUCAUGGUGGCAUAUUGCUCAAGCAAGUUUGCUGCWGUUGGAUUUCAUAAAGCUCUGACAGAUGAGCUGUCUACCCUGGGAAAGGAUGGAAUAAAAACCACGUGCCUUUGUCCAGUUUUUAUAAAUACUGGAUUUGUCAAAAACCCCAGUACAAGGCUUGGGAAGAUUUUGGAGAUUGAAGAAGUUGUAGAGGCUCUGAUGGAAGGAAUAGUGACCAACCAGAAAAUGGUUUUUGUUCCAUCAAAUCAGAAAGUAGCUUUACUUCUUGAAAGGGUGUUUCCAGAACGUGCCCUGAACACUCUGAAGAAGAUGACUGAUGUCAAGUUUGAUGCAAUCAUUGGGCAGAGAAGCACCCAGUGAAAUCAAGAACUGAUUCUCAUUUCCCAGAGGCACCAGUGAAAACAGAACAUGUGCUGUUCAGUGGGUUUGAUUCAGGACAGAACUCAGGCAGGUGCUUCCAGGCCACCAUUCCCAAGCACACUUAAGGUCUUAUCCGAUACCUGGAGCAGGAACAUAUCCUGCAUUACAGGGAGUGUUAGUAAAGCAAACGUGCAGCUCUAGAAGGGCUGCCUUGAAUGUACAUGUCAUGACCUCUGUCUCAUUGUGCUGAGGCAGGCAGGAAUUUCCACAAAGGUGGGGGCCCUGYUUCGCUUAAAUUUAUAUUUUUUAAUGAAAUAUGCUCUAAUGAAGACUGAAUUUCCCAUAUUUUUGUAGCAAAUGCCUGAAAUAAUACAGGUAURUAUGUAAUAUAUCUAAUUACGCCGAUUAUCAAUUAUGCAUUAGCAUCAUCAAUAUGUCUUUAUAUUAAUAAAUACAGUUCUUUAACACAG